GAAAUAGGAGGCGGUGGCCGGGGUGGGGACAGGCCCCGUCCCGCCGCCGGCCCGUGGCCAGCUGUGUGUGCGUGUGCACGCGUGAGCCGUCCAUCCGUCCGUCCAUCGUCCAUCCGUCAUGCUGGUCUCCCUGGCCGUGUGUUCCCUCUGCCUGCUGGCCCCGGGAGCCCCGCAGCCGCGGCCCGGGCCGCCGCCGCCGCCGCUCAAGAACGACGCCACGGAAUUCCUGCCGCCUGCGGGAGGGGCCCCGCAGCCUGCCCAGCCCGCCCAGACGGCCCCCGGGCACAACCGCACCAUCAACCGGGCAGAGAACGGCGGGAGGGCCGCCCAGCUCCCCGCGGAGCCCCGAGACGCCUCGGGGUACAGCUGCCGGGAGCUGCGCCGGACCCACUACGUGAGCGACGGGCCCUGCCGCAGCCCCAAGCCGGUGACCGAGCUGGUCUGCUCCGGCCCCUGCGGGCCCGCCCGGCUGCAGCCCAACGCCAUCGGCCGCGCCAAGUGGUGGCGCCAGGGCGGGCUGGGCUUCCGCUGCGUCCCGGACGGCUACCGCAGCCGGCGCGUCCCCCUCCUCUGCCCCGGCGGGGAGACCCGCGACCACAGGCUCCGCCUCGUGUCCGCCUGCAAGUGCAAGCGCUCCAGCCGCGCGCACAACCAGUCCGACCUCAAGGACUUCGCCCCCGAGGCCGGGCGGCCCCCGAAGGGCAAGCCCAGCCGCUCCCGGGCCCGCGACGGCAAGCCCGGACGGCCCCCGCUGGAGAACGGCUACUAGCCCCCGGGGCUCCCAGGCGCUGC